GAAGGAAUGAUUAUAUAGUUAAAAAAUCUUUUGUUCGCUUCUGUGGCGGUUGGAUGUGGUUUCUAUAACUAUGCAUAUUUUUUGAUCGUGAGAACUGCGUAAAGAUUGUAUAGGAAUGAUAGGAAUUGUGAGUUUUUUGUUGCAUCAAAUACGCUAAAUUUAUUAUUAAUAAUCUACAUAAAUUUGUAAACAAAACAUGGAUGAAGAUAGACGUACUAUUUUUUGUGGAAAUCUGAGCAGCAAAGUGACUGAAGACAUUCUUUAUGAGCUAUUUUUACAAGCAGGACCUGUACAAAAAAUAUCUAUUCCUAAGGACCGUGAUGGCAAACAAAGAACAUUUGGAUUUAUAACAUAUAAACAUGUAAACUCUGUCAAGUAUGCUUUACAUCUUUUUAUGGGUACAAUAUUGUAUGAUCGUGUCCUUAUUAUGAAGCCAAAGAACAAUGCUGAAGUUCAAGUAGAUCAAUAUGUGGAUAACAUGAUGCAGCAAAUUCAAUUACAACAUCAAACUCAGAUAACUCUAGGCAAUUUUCCAUUGUUAGACAUGGAUUCCAAUAAUAGUGAUAGAAAUCUUAAGAGAAUACAUCCUUAUCAAAGAGAUAGGGAUAAAUGUCGAGAGAGAGAUAAUAUUAGAGAUAGAGAUAGAUAUAGGGAUAGAGAUAGAGAAAGGGAUAGGGAUAGGGAUAGAGAUAGAGACAGAGAAAGGAAUAGAGAGCGUAAUCAUAACGAUUACUAUAGAGAUGAAAGACCAUACAUACAUUGUAGAGAGAAUAAUUACAAUAAUUAUCGUUCUAAUGAUUAUUCACGAUAUAAUAGCAAUAAGAAAAGAUGGACUUAUCACUGAUAAUAAAAUUUUCAGAUUAUUUCUCUCUUAUGUGUUAGAUUUUCUAUGAUUCUUAAUUUUGAUUUACUGAAUCUUUUAUUAAAGUCAUAUUAUUUAUAUUUGUCUAUAUAUAAUAGCUCUAAUGGUCUUGAUACACAAGAGUUGUAUCAUUUUAAAA